AUGUUUUUCCGUCAGACUCUAGCUGCCUUAGCAGAACAUGCUGGUAAGGUAUCGAAAUCUAUACCUAGCGUUAAGCUAGCGUAUAAGAAUAUGCUCAAGGAUCCUUCCGCUAAAUACAAGACUUUCCAAGCUCCAAAGAUUUCCAACAGACAAUGGCCAGAUAGAACAAUUACCAAGGCACCUCGUUGGCUUUCGACAGAUCUCAGAGACGGUAAUCAAGCUCUCCCGGAUCCAAUGUCGGUGGAACAAAAGAAGGAAUAUUUUCACAAGUUGUUAGAGAUUGGAUUUAAGGAGAUUGAGGUGUCUUUUCCGUCAGCGUCGCAAACAGACUUUGAUUUUACUAGAUACGCGGUUGAAAAUGCACCAGAUGAUGUAAACAUCCAAUGUCUUGUUCAAUCCCGUGAACAUCUAAUCAGAAGGACCGUGGAAUCUUUGACCGGUGCCAAGAGAGCCACGAUCCACAUUUAUUUGGCAACGAGCGAUCUGUUCCGUGACGUUGUGUUUAACAUGUCCCGGGAAGAGGCGAUCAAGAAGGCAGUGGAAGCUACCAAGCUAGUGAGGCAGUUGACGAAGGACGAUCCAAGCCAGCAGGCUACCCGUUGGUCUUACCAGUUUUCUCCAGAGACGUUUAGUGAUACUCCUACGGAGUUUGCCCUUGAGAUUUGCGAGGCCGUCAAGGCUGCCUGGGGGCCCACUGAGGAAAACCCUAUCAUCUUCAACUUGCCCGCCACCGUGGAAAUGACUACUCCAAACGUGUAUGCUGACCAGAUCGAAUACUUCUCGACUCACAUCAGUGAGCGUGAGAAGGUCUGUAUUUCGACCCAUUGCCACAACGACCGUGGUUGUGGUGUUGCCGCUUCUGAGUUGGGUGUUCUAGCCGGCGCUGACCGUGUUGAGGGUUGCUUGUUUGGCAAUGGUGAACGUACUGGUAACGUUGAUCUUGUCACUGUGGCGUUGAACAUGUACACGCAAGGUGUCUCCCCAAACUUAGAUUUCUCCGAUAUGACUUCUCUAAUCGAGAUUGUUGAACGCUGUAACAAGAUCCCAGUGCCAGCAAGGGCUCCUUACGGCGGAGAUCUUGUGGUCUGUGCGUUCUCUGGCUCCCACCAGGAUGCCAUUAAGAAGGGUUUCACUCUGCAGGAAAAGAGACGUGCCCAAGGUGACCAAACCUGGGCCAUCCCAUACUUGCCUUUGGAUCCAAAGGAUAUCGGUCGUGAUUACGAAGCUGUCAUCAGAGUCAACUCGCAAUCCGGUAAGGGUGGUGCCGCUUGGAUCAUCUUGAGAUCUCUUGGUCUUGACUUGCCAAGAAACUUGCAAAUCGAGUUCUCUACAGCUGUUCAAAAUGAGGCAGACUCCCUCGGCAGGGAAUUGAAGUCUGAGGAAAUCACCAAGCUCUUCAAGGAGACUUACAACUACAACAACGAACUUCACAACGAAAUCGCCCUGAUCGACUACAACGUCGAGAAGGAGGGUGCUGAGCGCAGAAACUUGACUGGUCAAGUUUCCAUCAGUGGUAACGUUUACGACAUCCAAGGCUCAGGUAACGGUCCAAUCUCUUCUUUGGUCGACGCGUUGUCCAACUUGUUGAACGUCAAACUCGGUGUCGCAAACUACACCGAGCACUCGUUGGGCUCCGGCUCUUCCACUCAAGCAGCAUCCUACGUCUUGCUGUCCUACAGACGUGAUACUGACAACGAAGUCGCUUACCAAUGGGGUGUUGGCGUCUCUGAAGACGUCGGCGAUGCUUCCAUCAAGGCCAUUUUCUCCACCGUGAACAACAUCAUCCAAUCCGGUGAAGUUGCUUUGCCAAAUUCGGGUGCCAAAGCGGCAGGAGCUGCAUAA